UAGUACAGCAUCUGAAGUGGCUAAUAAACCAAAUUAAUUUGAAUAAAAUAAGAGAAGAAUUUCUUUCAUAAAAUAAGAGAAGAAUUUCUUUCACGAUUUUAGCAUCUUGCUACCUAGCCUACCUUACAAGAAUACAGUCAAAUCAGUCGAUCUAUUUAUUUUUGUUUUUUAAUAAUGAUUGAUCAAAGUAUAACUCUCCGCUGGCACAACACCACCGGCUACUAUAGCCAUCCGGUCGCCAAGGCUUGCAGCCACUUGAUAUUCAAAAGAAUAACCCAUCUAUAGACGGGUGACCUCACAGUUUCAUAAUUACCAUCUUAGGCCUGCAACUCUUAUAACACCAGAUCAGCAGCAAAUAUGGAGGCAAACUUGGUCCAACCAGUUGUUGCAGCACUAAUUUCAGCUAUAAUUGCUGCCAGAGCUUAUAAAAAGAAGUCGCUUAACCUCUCUGGGGCUAUUCUUGGUUUCACUGUCAUGACCAUUCAUAUUGCUGUCAAUUACAGGUUUGGAGCUGUGUUGCUCGUCUUCUUUUUCACUUCCUCUAAGUUCACAAAAUUUGGAGAGGACAAAAAGCGAAAAGUUGAUGCGGAUUUCAAGGAGGGUGGCCAACGCAAUUGGAUACAAGUUCUAUUUAAUAGUGGCAUUGCAACCAUUUUAGUCUUGAUUGCUUGGAAGUUAGCUGGAUCACAAGAUAAUUGCCUAAAUUCAAAAGAAUCAAGACUUAUGACUGCUCUAAUGGGUGGUAUUAUUGGCCACUAUUGCUGCUGCAACGGAGACACCUGGUCAUCGGAGCUUGGAAUUCUUAGUGAUGACCAACCUCGAUUGAUCACAACCUUCAAGCCAGUUCAGAGGGGUACAAAUGGUGGGGUAACAAAAGCUGGACUUCUAGCAGCUGCAGCAGGAGGCAGUGUCAUUGGACUGGCAUUUGUUAUUUUAGGAUUCUUCACCACCAAAUGCCCGUUUGAUGUAGCUCUGAAGCAGCUAUUAUUGAUACCCCUUUCAGCUGUUGCAGGACUAUGUGGAAGUGUUAUAGAUUCUUUGUUGGGAGCAACAUUACAGUUCAGUGGUUUCUGCAGUGUUCGUAAAAAGGUGAGAUUUCUUUGUUUUAAUAGUUGGAUGGAUAGCUUAUACUUGAAUAUGGACUUUUUGUGUAAAUAUCAUUCCUGUUUGCUGAAUUUCCAACUAAAUCUCAAUUGGAUUAUUAAACUUUAAUUUGUCUUAGUUGGG